AUGAUAGCGGACCAGACAGAUGCUUCUGUGACGUCCAACCUGCCAAACCACGAACAGACGGCACUACAUACCCACUACAAGCGAACCAAAACACAAGGUGAGAGACAAUAUAGCUGACAGAGACACAUGAGAUAAAGACCAACCAUUACCCACAAGGGUAUACAUACCAGUAUCGAGAAAGCCUGCUGGCGACUCUGAUGGAGAGAACGCCAACCCCAACCCCUACCCACGGAGCGGCCAGACGCUCAUCCCCAUUUCCUACUGGCCACUAGAUAAGUCCAGUAGCCCACCCUAUCUUGCCUCCUCCGUACAGCCCUUACCUGUCAACCCUCCCUUCCUCCUUUUCCCCCGGACGAGGCCACUGACACCCCCCCCCCGCAGACCAACAGCCUAGGACCGCCCAGGCACACAACCCAUAUACACCCACACCUAUCACUCCUAAACCACACGAGCACAGCACUGACAUAAUGCCGAUGAACUUACGCUGCAUGUCCAUUAACGCAAAAGGGCUAAACUCACCCACUAAGAGACAUAGCAUACUAAGAUGGGCACACAAACAAAACAUAGACAUCCUCCUUAUACAGGAAACCCACUUCACGACCCGCCGCGCUUUCCCCCUCACAAACAGGUACCAUAAGAAAAGUUACAUGGCUCCCUCCCCACACUCCAAAACAAAGGGGGUCGCAAUCAUUUUGAAAUCCAGCUGCCCCCUCUCAGACAUUACCUAUAUACGCACCCACAACAACGUAGAGUCCCUCCACACCCGCAUGGACAAGUUCCUACAGAAUGCGACACUCCCCUCCAUGACCCACAAGGCUAAAGCCGCAAUGGGACAAGAGGUCACAGUGGAGGAGAUGACACUGGCACUUAGAUCCUUCAAACCCAACAAGAGCCCAGGGCCUGACGGCUAUUCAGCCUUAUGA